UGUUUUGUAUGCUUUACCUUAUUUUAUUCCGCAUACGCCGCGUGCUCACAACGGUUGUGUCUACAAUAAAUUUCAACGCAACUGCUCUGCUGUUUCAAUUUAGCAAACAUGUCGCUACUAACGGGCAGCGCUAAUGCUGUAAAGUACACACUAUUUGGAUUUAAUCUUAUAUUUUUGAUCACUGGCAUUAUACUCAUAGCAGUUGGUGCUGGCGUUGGCGCCGUCUAUACCGGCUAUGAAAUCUUUUUGGCCAGCAAGUUCAUGUCCAUACCCACAUUCCUGAUUGUGAUUGGCGCCUUCAUUGUGGUCAUCACUUUCUUUGGCUGCUGGGGUGCACUGAAGGAGAACUACUGCCUCAUUCUGAGCUUCUCGGUGAUGCUCUUCAUUAUCUUUAUACUGGAGCUGUCGGCUGGCAUUAGCGGCUAUGUGCUGCGCAACGAUGCGUACAAUCUGAUUGAAAAGUCAUUGAAUCAAUCUAUGUACAACUAUAACAGCAAGACGCCAAAUCCAACCACUCAGCUGUGGGAUGAGGUGCAACGCGACUUCAACUGCUGCGGCAACACCAACUAUACGGAUUGGAAAGUGGUGUUUAAUAAUUUCGAUUUGCCGCUGUCCUGCUGCAAAAUUCCAUACGGCACUGUGGGCACCUUUAGCUGCUCCGCCAGCAUGUACAGCUUGGAUCGCAAUGAGAACGUGGGCUGCCUGCUCGGCUUCUCCGAUUAUAUAGCCACGCAUGCUGUCAGCCUGGGAGCCGCUGGCGUGGUCAUCGCUGUGCUACAGUUCUUUGGCGUCAUCUUUGCUUGCUACAUAGCGCGUGAGAUUAAAAUACGCAACGGCAUUACGGGCUUUAUUUGCAGUCGCAACGAAAUCUACGAAAUGGCGCAACGGGAAUUAGAAUUAAAUUCCGGCAUGCGUUGUGCUAAAUAUAUGCUCAUCACCGUGAGCUUUAUGUUUGCACUAACGGCUAUUCUACUGAUCAUGGUCGGCACUACCAUUCAGGCCAUCUUUGGUGACUUUAGUCUCUUCAUUGAUGGCAACUUUUCAUCACCGCCCGCUUUGCUCAUCGCCACUGGCUUUAUACUCAUCGCUGUGGCCACGUUGGGCGCCUAUGGUGCCAUCAAGGAGAGCGUCAUGCUGAUCAAUCUGUAUGGCGUCUGCUUGUUCCUGGUCUUUAUCUUGGAAGUAUCUGCUGCAAUUGCUGCAUUUGUUAUGCAGUCUCAGGUGCAGGGCAUGCUGAUGCGCACCAUGAAGGAGGCGCUCAACGAUUACGAGUCGGACAACAAUGUGGCAUCUGGCGUGGACUUUAUGCAAUCGGGUCUGAGCUGCUGCGGCGUUCUUAGCCCGGAUGACUGGAAGGACAGCUACUCGCCAAACAAGAACAUUAGCCACAUUGAUAGCGACGAUGUGGUGGUGCCACUCAGCUGCUGCGGCAAUCUGGCCGAAGAUCCCAACGAACAAAACGAACUGACUUGCCUGGAGCCCUACGAAUAUGGCUGCUUCCGCAAGAUGAGCUACAUUCUAUCGCAGAGUGCAAUGCUGAUUGCCACGGGCGCCACCACUGUGGCCUUUGUGCAGCUGCUGGGCGUGCUCUGCGCCUUCAUGCUGGCCAAGACGUUGCGACGCAACAAGUCCAUACGCGAGGCGCGUCGCUGGCAGCUGCAGCAAAGUCUGGGCGUGCUCAUCUCGGGCGGCAAGGUGGGCCUGCCCGCCAACUCGGCCAUGAGCGGCUAUCAGCAGCUGGAGAACAGCGGCGAGCUGGGCAGCACCGAGCCCUACACAUACACUCCACAGAGUCCCAGCGUCAAUUAAGAGUCGACGCACACAAAUAAAAAAUACAAUUAAUAAGCUUAAACAAAUGUAUGUAAAUUGUUAAACACUAAAGCCAAAGCAAAUAAAACUAAAGGACUUGGUCCUAGCACUGCUGGCGUA